AGAGCUCGCCAUCAGAAAGUUGCAGCACAUUGCUAAAGGCAGACACACGCGCGAGUGACAGCAGCGGCUCUGCGUGUUCGGUUCCGGCGCUCGCGACGCGUCCGUGACGGCCGGUGGAGCUACAGCCGGUGUUUACCCGCGGUCGGGAGAGUGUGUAUGUGAGUGUGUGUGUUCGCUGAAGGUGUGAUGGCGUCUGCAGGUGAGGGCGGUGUGGACUCUAAAGCGGAGCUCAGUUCUCUGCUGGAGCAGUGGGAGAGAGAGCAGCAGGGGGCGUCCAGUGAGCUGCUCAACAUACUCACCAAGAUUUCAGAGCUUGUUGAAAGAGAGACGGAGGAGUAUCAUAAGGCGGAUCCUGACCCAUUUGAUGACCGCCAUCCAGGCCGGGCAGACCCAGAGUGCAUGCUGGGACACUUGUUGAAGAUAUUGUUCAAGAAUGAUGAUUUUAUGAACGCGCUGGUGAACUCGUAUGUGAUGAGCAGUCGUGAGGUGCCGCUGAACACUGCAGCCUGCAGACUCCUGCUCAACAUCAUGCCGGGACUCGAGACAGCCGUCGUCUUUCAGGAGAAGGAGGGGAUUGUGGAGCGCUUGUUUAAGUGGGCUCGAGAGGCCGAUCAGCCGCUCAGGAUUUACGCCACAGGUCUGCUGGCCGGAGCCAUGGAGAACCAGGACAUCGCUGCAAACUACAGAGAGGAGAACUCGGUGCUGGUUCCCCUGAUGCUGCAGAGGCUGCGGGAGCUCCAGGAUAAAGACACCGAGAGCCGGAAGGACAGUAAACGGCUGAGCAGGAGUCCGGCUCUGGCUCCGCUGCUGCCGCUGGAUGAGGAGACUGUGGACGGAGAGUUUACUGCGAGCGCUCCUGUGGAGAAGCAGGACUGUGAAACGGACCUGCAGCCUCUCAGGUGCGCAGGCCGGGGCGCUGUGGGGCUGAAGGGUCUGAUGAAGCCGGCCGCGGCCCCACUGGAGGAUCCUGAUGGCCCCGCGGACACCCUGAGGAGCUGGAGGAAGAGGGAGAGCGCAGGGAAGCUGAAGCAGAAGCUGAACUUCUCCAUGCCGGAGCCGGAGCGCAGCCUCAGCGAGCUCUCCAACAGCAGCUGGACGGAGAUGAGCCCCUGGGUGAUCGGGAACAACUACAGCCUGGAGCCGCUUACACCGGGGACAGAGCAGCGGCUCAUCCUGAUGUACCUCACACCGCUGGGGGAAUACCAGGAGUUGUUGGCUGUUUUCAUGCAGCUCGGUGCUCGUGAGCUGCUGAUGCAUUACAUGGACCUGAAGCUGACCAAUGAUGUCCAGCUCACGUUUGAGGCCCUGAAGUAUCUGGCCUCUCUGCUCCUCCAUAAGAAGUUUGCAGCAGAGUUUGUGGCUCACGCUGGAGUGCAGAAGCUGCUGGAGAUUCCUCGACCCUCCAUGGCCGCCACCGGCGUCUCGCUCUGCCUCUAUUACCUCGCGUACAACCAGGAUGCCAUGGAGAGGGUGUGUAUGCUGCCGCACGCGCUGCUGUCUGAGGUGGUGAGCUACACACUCUGGCUGCUGGAGUGUUCUCAUGCGUCCGGCUGCUGUCACGCCACCAUGUUCUUCUCCAUCUGCUUCUCCUUCAGAGCCGUUCUGCAGCUCUUCGACAAGCAGGACGGGCUGCGCCGCCUCGUCAACCUGAUCAGCACUCUGGAGAUCUUGAACCCGGAGGAUCAGGGUGCUCUGCUGAGCGAUGAUGAGAUCUUCUCCAGCAGACAGACGGCCAAACACACCUGCAUGGCUCUGCGCAGGUAUUUCGAGGCUCACCUGGCCAUUAAAGUGGAGCAGGUCAAACAAUCCCUGCAGCGAACAGAAGGAGGAGCCCUCAUUCACCCACAGCCUUAUUACAAGGCCUGCUCCUACACCCAUGAGCAGGUGGUGGAGAUGGUGGAGUUCCUGAUGGAGUUCGGUCCGGUGCGUUUGUACUGGGAGCCCGCAGAGGUUUUCCACAAGCUGUCUUGUGUGCAUCUGCUGCUGCAGCUCAUCUCCAUCGCCUGCGACUGGAGGACGUACUACGGCAGGGCCGACACGGUGAGGUACGCUCUGGAUAUCUUGAGUAUUUUGACGGUGAUUCCCAAAACUCAGCUGCUGCUGUCGGAGAAUGUGGCGGUGCUGGACGAGAGCGGAUCCACCAUCUCCACAGUCGGGAUGAGCAUCGUGCUAGUGGUAGCGGAGGGUGAAGUGUUCGUAAACGAUGCCGAAAUCCAGAAAUCAGCUCUGCAGGUGAUCAUAAAUUGCGUCUGCGCUCCAGACAAGCGCGUUUCCAGCAUCGGGAAGUUCAUCUCGGGAACGCCACGCCGCCGCCUGCCGCAAACCCACCGUGGCAGCGAGAGCGUGCUGGCCAAGAUGUGGAACGUGGUUCAGUCCAACAAUGGCAUUAAAGUGCUGCUCUCCCUGCUCACCAUCAAAAUGCCCAUCACCGACGCCGACCAGGUGCGCGCACUAGCCUGUAAAGCGCUAGUGGGGCUAGCACGCAGUGCAGCGGUACGACAGAUCAUCAGCAAACUGCCGUUAUUUAGCAGCGGGCAGAUCCAGCAGCUGAUGAAGGAGCCGGUGCUACAGGACAAACGCAGCGAACACGUGCGCUUCUGCAAAUACGCCGCUGAACUCAUCGAGCGCGUGUCUGGGAAACCGCUGCUGAUCGGUACUGAUGUUUCUCUGGCGCGUCUGCAGCGCGCUAAUGUGGUGGCUCAGUCGCGCAUAUCCUUUCCAGAGAAGGAGCUGCUGCUGCUCGUACGCAAUCAUCUACUGUCCAAAGGUUUAACAGAUACAGCGACGGUGCUGACGAGAGAAGCGGAGCUGCCGAUGGGUCUUCAUGCUCUUCCUCAUACUACUGUGCCGCCCUUCACUCCCGUCUCCGUGGCAACAUCUCCGUCUCCCGCCGCUGGAAUUCCUCGGACUCCUCGGCUGACCAAUGGGGUCGCGGCACGUCUCGGUGGCCACACCCCUCAUCAUCCACAGCCUCGCCCUUCAACAUCACAGGUCCCACCCCCGCCUCUGCCCACAGCCCCUAAUGGCUCUCCUCUGAUUGGUCGAAUCGUGUUCUCCCGGGAGCGUCCGUCACCCUGCUCUGCGGCGGCAGGAAAGCGACCGAAAGUGCUGCGGCAGAAGUCUGACCACGGGGCUUUCAUUCAGAGUCCAGCCAUGAAGAAACAGCUGGACCGACAUCUACCCUCGCCACCCACUCUAGACAGUAUAAUAACGGAGUAUUUGCGGGAGCAGCACGCACGCUGUAAGAACCCCGUGACCACGUGUCCUCCCUUCAGCCUCUUCACCCCGCACCAGUGUCCCGAACCCAAGCAGAGGCGGCAGGCGCCCACAAACUUCACCCCACGACACACACGCCGCGUCGUCUACCCCAAAUAUGGCGGUGUGGACGGAGGCUGCUUCGACAGACAUCUCAUCUUCAGCAGGUUUCGUCCGAUCUCUGUGUUCCGCGAGGCAGAGGAGGACGAGAGCGGCUUCAUGUGUUGUGCGUUCUCUGCGCGCGAGCGGUUCCUGAUGCUGGGCACGUGCACCGGACAGCUCAAACUCUACAACGUCUUCAGCGGACAGGAGGAGGCCAGUUACAGCUGCCACAGCUCCGCCAUCACACACCUCGAGCCCUCGCGGGACGGCUCUCUGCUGUUAACAUCGGCCUCCUGGAGUUAUCCAUUAUCCGCGCUGUGGGGUAUGAAGUCUGUAUUCAUCAUGAAGCAUUCGUUCCUGGAUGAUCAUUAUGUGGAGUUCAGCAAACUCUCUCAGGACAGAGUCAUAGGAACUAAAGAGCACAUCGCACAUAUUUAUGACAUUCAGACUGGACAGAAGAUGCUGACGCUCAAUAACCCAGAUCUGGCCAAUAACUACAAGCGCAACUGUGCCACCUUCAACCCGACGGACGACCUGGUGCUGAACGACGGCGUGAUGUGGGACGUGCGCAGCUCGCAGGCCAUUCACAAAUUCGACAAGUUCAACAUGAACAUCAGCGGCGUUUUCCAUCCCAACGGCCUCGAGGUCAUCAUCAACACGGAGAUCUGGGACCUGAGGACGUUUCAUCUUCUUCACACGGUGCCGGCUCUAGAUCAGUGCAGGAUCGUCUUCAAUAACAACGGAACCGUCAUUUAUGGAGCGAUGCUGCAGGCUGAUGAUGAGGAUGAUAUGAUGGAGCAGCAGAUGAAGAGUCCGUUUGGAUCCUCCUUCAGGACUUUUGAUGCCACCGACUACAAACCCAUCGCCACCAUUGAUGUGAAGAGGAACAUAUUUGACCUCUGCACAGACACCAAAGACUGCUAUCUGGCUGUCAUCGAGAACCAGGACUCGAUAAAUAUGGACACUGUGUGUCGUCUGUAUGAAGUGGGUCGACAGAGACUCGCAGAGGAAGAAGAGGACGAGGAAGAUCAGGAGGAAGAUGACCAGGAUGAAGAGGAUGAUGAUGACUCUGAUGAUGACAUUGACGAUAUCGACACCGACCCCCUGCUGGCCGAACUGGAGAACGACAACAACGGAGAAGAGGAAGAGGAGGAGGAUGGAGAGCAGGACUUCUCUCCGUCUGAUGAUGAGGAAGUGGCUCGCCUGCUGGAUGAAGAGGCGGAUGAUGAUGAUGAUGACGACGACGAUGAUGACGACGAUGAUGACGAUGAUGAUGAUUCUGAUGAUAAUGAGCAAGAUGCGGAGCUGGUGCUGGACAACACGGACAGCUCUGAUAACUCUGACCUGGAGGACGACAUCAUUCUCUCUCUGAACGAGUGAUGACGGAGGAGUGACAGACGAGUGUGUGUGUGUGCGCUCUUUAUGCACAUUAACACACAGAGGCUCAUAUACAGCUGAUCAACUCUGCAGAUGACUCUGCUACAGUCUGAUCUCCAGCGGUGUCUGAUCACCGUUGAGGAGAGGUGAUGGAACCUUCAACACUGAGCAGGAGAGCGUCAGUCUGUCAUUUACGUGUGUGUGUGUGUGUGUGUGUGUGUGUGUGUGUGUGUGUCUGGGUUUUAGAGUGAUGAUCGACUGCUGUCUAGUGGAGUUCUGGGUUUGCAUGCACAUGUGUGUCCAUACAUAUGUGUGGUCAUAUGGGUGCGUGCGUGUGUGUGUGUGUGAGCACAUGCGAGCGUGCAUGUGUGGUCAUAUGGGAACGUGCAUGUGUGCGUGCGUGCUUAUGUGUGUGUGUAUGCAUAUGGGUGUGUGUCAUAUGUUCCUUGCAUAAAUACAUUCAUGUGGGUGCGUGCAUGCAUGUGUGCGCAUCUGCAUGUGUGUGUUCAUAUGCGUGUCUGUGUGUAUGCCUGUAUGUAUGUAUGUAUGUAUGCGUGUUCGUGUAUAUGUGCGCAUCAUUUUGUGGGUGUGUGUGUGUGUGUGUGGGCAUGCAUGAGUGUUCAUUCAUGUGUGUGCGCGAGUGCCAGUGACCUCUGACCUGCCCAGCCAGCGCUCCUCAGGUGAUCUCUCUAGUUUGAUUAGCGGCAGCAUCUGAAGCUAGUUGUUCAGAUGUUUAGUUCUCCGUUUUGCUUUUUGAAUGCUAGUUUUGUUAGCUAUCGCCUUGGUUUGAUUUGAAGAGAAAGCGCUUUUAAGCCCUUGUGUGACUGAUUGGAUUAGCUGACGUUCACCGAGCAAUAAUUUGUGUUGAUUCUGGAUCGCUGUAAAGGAGUGUGAGGCCUGUGCUGGACCUGCGGCGGCGUUCGACUCUCUCCUGGAGGAAGCCGAGCGCCUGCGUUUGUCUUAAACUGCGCUUGACAUGAAGUUGGCCAUUUUUAAACAUCAGUGUACAGCCUCCCUUUACUUUCCUCUCAUAGUUUUGUUCAUGCCUUUCCAAAGGGAAAGCUUUAAGGCCACAUUGUGUACAGAAUGUAUGAAAAAUAUUUUUACUAUACAUGUUAUUACAAUAAAAGAGAGUAAAUUGUUUUGUUUUUA